AGCGUAGUUUCAUUUCAUACUUUCGUUAAACAAUUGUUUGUUCUCGGAUAGUUGAGUCGUUUUUGUGGUUUUGUGUUUAGUCAUCGUCUUUGUUAAAUAAAAAGAAAAAAGUUAUGCGUUUGCAAUUAGUCUUGCUUGCUGUGGUCCUAGCCUUGAGCCAGGUUUUGGCCAAGGAGGACAACAUUUUGUCGGAUCAAUUUAUUGAGAUUGUCCGCAAUAAGGCCAAAACAUGGACGGUUGGAAGGAAUUUUCCCGAAUCCGUAUCUUUAGCUCACAUUCAUCGUUUGAUGGGCGUUCAUCCUGAUGCCCAUAAAUUUGCUUUGCCCGAUAAGAAAUUGGUGUUGGGGGAAGAACAUCAUUUGCAAGAUAUCGAAAUACCAGAGGAAUUCGAUGCCCGCAGUCAAUGGCCUGAUUGCCCUACAAUAAAGGAAAUCAGAGAUCAGGGGUCAUGUGGUUCAUGCUGGGCAUUUGGUGCUGUAGAAGCAAUGUCUGAUCGAGUUUGCAUUCAUUCGAAUGGAACUGUACAUUUCCAUUUUUCGGCCGAUGACUUGGUUUCCUGUUGCCAUACUUGCGGUUUUGGUUGCAAUGGCGGAUUUCCCGGUGCCGCUUGGAGCUAUUGGACACGAAAGGGUAUUGUAAGUGGUGGUGCCUAUGGUUCCAAUCAAGGAUGUCGUCCCUAUGAAAUCGCCCCAUGUGAACAUCAUGUAAAUGGCACCCGUCCCCCAUGUGAUGGUGAACAUGGAAAAACCCCCCGCUGUCAACAUCAAUGUCAAGCAUCCUACAAUGUUGACUACAAAAAGGAUAAACACUACGGAGCAAAGGCCUAUUCUGUUACCAAAAACAUCCAAGAUAUUCAAAAGGAAAUUAUGACAAAUGGUCCAGUCGAAGGCGCUUUUACCGUCUAUGAAGAUUUAAUUCUGUACAAGGAUGGUGUCUACCAACAUGUUCAUGGCAAAGAAUUGGGUGGUCAUGCUAUUCGCAUUUUGGGAUGGGGAGUGCAGAAACCACAAGGAACACCCUAUUGGUUGAUUGCCAAUUCAUGGAAUACAGAUUGGGGCAACAAUGGCUUCUUUAAAAUUCUACGUGGUGAAGAUCAUUGCGGUAUUGAAAGUUCGAUUUCAGCAGGCUUGCCAAAGCUUUAAAUGACAGAAAAAAACAAGCCUUUUAAGAGAUAUUUAGCAAAUAAUCUUAUAUUAAUGUAUUCAUAUUGUAUUGUCGAAAUUGUGAAUUUGGGUUUUACAAAUAUAUAUGUAGAGAACAUUCCUUUAGUGUGAUCUCCGAUUUUAAAUAAAAGGAAAUUUUAAAUAUAUCAGAAUAAA